CCAGCUACCAUUUUUAUAGGUAACCGAAGACCGGAGACCGACCAACCUCACCUGCCUUGGAAACAGCUCCGUCCGUCAACUGUCUCCCUCCGCCUCGCCGCUCUUGUAGAGGAGAAGGGCGCGAAGGAGAGAAGCCGCUACGGACCGAACAAGCGGCGAUCGAUCCAUGGGCAUCCCUUCUCCGAACCAGAAAAAGAGAUGGCCGAGCUUGCUUCCCCUCUUCGUUGCCCUCGUCGUCGUGCUCGAGAUCGCCUUUUUGGGUCGCCUUGACAUGGCCAAGAACGCCGCCAUGGUCCACCAGUGGACCACCUCCUUCUAUUUCCCUUCCACCCCCACCACCAUCGCCUCCACUGCCACCAACACCUCCACCUCCUCCUCUUCUCCCACCGAAUUUCUCGAUGAUGACUACCGCCGCUGCCAGGAUUGGUUGGAGAAGGAGGACGCCGUACCGUACGCUCGGGAUUUCCGGAAAGACCCGAUCAUCGUCUCCGGCAUCGAACAGGAUUGGAGUUCAUGUUCUGUGGGAUGUAAGUUUGGGUUUGCAGCUGACCGGAAACCUGAUGCUGCCUUCGGGUUACAUCAAGAUCCUGCAAUAGCUAGUGUUCUCCGAUCAAUGGAAUCAUCACACUACUAUUCAGAAAAUAAUAUUAAUGUGGCACGAGGGAGAGGAUACAGAAUUGUAAUGACAACUAGCCUGUCCUCUGACGUACCAGUUGGCUAUUUCUCAUGGGCUGAAUAUGACAUUAUGGCACCUAUCCAACAAAAGACUGAAGAAGCCCUUGCAGCUGCUUUUAUUUCUAAUUGUGGGGCACGCAAUUUCCGUUUGCAGGCCCUUGAAAUGCUUGAAAAGUUCAAUAUCAAAAUAGAUUCAUAUGGGAGCUGUCAUCGAAACCGUAAUGGUAGAGUGGACAAAGUGCAAGCUUUAAAGUGGUAUAAAUUCAGCUUAGCUUUUGAAAAUUCUAAUGAAGAGGAUUAUGUUACCGAAAAAUUCUUUCAGUCCCUUGUUGCAGGAGCUGUUCCAGUUGUCAUUGGUGCCCCAAAUAUCCAAGAUUUCGCUCCUUCCCCUGGUUCAAUUUUGCACAUUAAAGAGCUAAAUGAUGUUGCUUCUGUUGCCAAAACAAUGAUACACCUUGCAACACAUCCUGUUGCUUAUAACCAAAGUUUGAGGUGGAAAUAUGAGGGUCCGUCUGAUUCUUUCAAGGCCCUUGUGGACAUGGCAGCAGUGCAUUCAUCGUGUCGUCUUUGCAUACAUCUGGCAACCAAGAUCCAAGAAUCGGAGGAGAAGACUGCUAGAUUUCUGAAUCGUCCUUGUAAUUGCACCAGAAGUACAGGAACUGUAUACCAUUUAUUUGUGAGAGAAAGAGGACGUUUUGAGCUGGAGAGCAUUUACCUCAGAUCUGGCAAUUUAAGUUUAGGAGCAUUGGAGUCUGCGGUACUAACAAGGUUCCGAUCACUGAACCACACACCCAUAUGGAAGAAUGAAAGACCAGAAAGUAUAAGAGGAAAUGAUGAAUUGAGAAUAUACAGAAUAUACCCAGUUGGCAUUACCCAGAGACAAGCACUCUACACUUUCAGAUUUAAUGAUGAUGGUGAUCUUGAGAGAUAUAUCAAAAGCAACCCCUGUGGUAAAUUUGAAGUUAUAUUUGUAUAGCAAUGGAAUGAUCAUUGCGCUAUAAUACUAGUUUAUUAAAACUUGGUCAUUUCGAUGAUAUUUUUCAGAAACUGCUGUAAUUAUCUUUUGGCUGAUUUGAUUGAUAGCCCUGUCAUUUGUAAUUUGGAUCUUUGUAAAACUCAACUGAAGCUAAUGAUACAUCAGAGGGUCAUUCCUGUCAGUUCCGAAGGCAUGUGAUGCAUUUGUUCUUCGGCAUUUGUA